CCGCACAUCAACUACAACCCUACACAGCAGUAUCGCGACCUUCCAAGAAAAAGAAGAACACCCGCAAAAUUAUCUGACGGACAUAGCCCAUCAUGGAUAUCGACGACGUUCAGCUCACACCCCAGAACGUCCCGUCCAACUUCAAUGCUGCGGAGGCCGACAACCUCGAGGAUAUCGAGAAGCAGUUUGCCGUCAAGGCCGUUCAGCACAUGGAGACGUACUGGUCCAUCCUCGAGAAGGUCAAGGGCUCCACCCUGCGCCUGACCAAGUUCGACGACGAGAUCUACGAGCACCUCCUGAAGGACUUUCCCGACUUCGACCCCGCCGAGACGAUCGACGAAGACAAGAUGAAGAGCAAGCAGGGCAAGGAGAGGUGGCGCAACUUCAUGAUGGCCUACGACAAGCGCGUCGAUGACUACAACUUUGGCACCAUGAUGCGCACGGGGCCCAAGUUCGAGUACGGCCAGAACGAGGUCAUCUUUGUGCCGCGCAUGCAGUUCUACGCCGUUGAGAUUGCGCGAAACCGCAAGGGAUUGAACGACUGGAUCUAUGAGCAGGCGCAGGCGGAGAAGGCCAAGAAGGCAUCUAGCUAGGCAGCGGGUGGUUUAUGAAUGAAAUGACAAGCCUUGGGCACAGAUCUCUCUGACUCCGUCGACUCCGGCUACCUGCAAAAACUGUGCGACACCAUUCCGGAAACCACGGCGCCAUAUCAUCUGAUUGAUCCGACAUGCCAUGGUGGCGCUGGGCGCCUCGGUGGCACACGCAUCGAGCGACUCAGGCUGAAAUGGUGGCACACACCACGAGAAUGGCUUUGAGGUUGCAAUAUCGAGGGAUCACCUCGCCCUUAGCCACCAACAUGGAGAAAUGGUUGGAGCUAUUGAUUUCUUUGUGUCUCAAGUGUGACC